UGACAAGAAGAAGAAGAAUUUACUAACCUAACUGGAAUCAACUUUUUGAAGUUGAAUUUUUAUUAAAGUUGUAGUGAUAGUUAAAUAGUUUCAGAGAAAGGAGUUUGUGAAUCAGUUAUCAUUUAAUUCCAUUGUGCUAGCGUUUUUUCCAAAUCCAAAGUUUAAUAACAUGACAUCACGUGAAAGGUCAUUAGAUGAAGAUUUUAGUGGAUCUGAUUCGGAUGAGGAAUAUGACGAGAAUGAAAGACAGCUGUUGAGUAAUUUUAGAAAUAGUGGAGAACAGGAAUACUCAGAUGACGAGAAUGAAGUUCUUGGGGUCGGAUCAGACGAAACAGAUUCAGAUGACAAUAAAAGUGAUCUAGCCUUAAGCGACGUAGAAGGUCAAGAUGAAGAUGAUGACUUACCAGAUAUUCGAGCUUGGGGAAAAGACAAGAAGAAAUUCUAUAAGACGGAUUAUGUCGAUGCCGAUUAUGGAGGUUUUCAAGGAAAAGAUGCCCAUUUGGCAGAACUGGAAGAGGAAGAAGCUAGAAAUAUUCAAAAGCAACUUGCUCAACAGUUAGACGAUGACGAUUUUGGUGUGGAAUUAUUUGCUAAGAAAUCAGAAGAAGAUGCAAAACCUGGUGAAGAAGUUGUCAAAACGGAUUUGUCAAAGCUGUCUAAGAGACAAAAGUUACAAAUUCUUGAGAAAGAGUCUCCAGAGUUCUUCAGUCUGGUUGAAGAUUUCCAAGGUAAAAUCGUAAUUGCUAGAGAUUUUUUGCGCCCAGUUUUGCAGAAAUAUAAAAAAGGCAAAAUUCCAAAUUGUGAAGCCGUUGACUUUGUGCAAACACAGUAUGAACUGAUUUUGAAUUAUUGUACAAAUAUUUACAUGUACCUCCUUUUGAAAUCUACAAAAGCAAGCAACAUCCAAAACCAUCCUGUGAUCAAACGUCUUUUCCAAUAUCGACAGCUCCUCUUGCAGCUUGAACCGGUUUUUGAAGAAAUCAUCAAGCCUCAGAUUGAACUAUUGUUGAAGGAAGAAGAGUUAACCAACAACAAUCCCGAGAAGAAGAAGAAAACUUUGAAACUCCUCUCUUCUUUGAAAAAUAAGACAGAAAAAGCGAAGAAAAAUAAGAAACAAGUAAGUAUUGAUGAACCUCCAUCAAAGAAGAUGAAAGUAGACGAAAACAUCUCUGUGGAUAAAGAGGCAGCGUUGAAGGAUAUGGAACCUGGCAACAUUGCAGAUUCGUCUGAAGAUGAUGCAGAGAAGGUUGAUGAAGAGAAACCUGAAGAGACGGAAGAAACGAACGAAGUUGGAAAGAGAGCUAUCACCUACAAGAUGUCUAAAAAUAAAGGUCUCACCCCACACAGGAAGAAGGAGCAAAGGAACCCUAGGGUCAAACACAAACUCAAGUACAGGAAAGCUGUUAUUCAAAGAAAAGGAGCUGUCCGGGAGCCAAGGAAAGAGUUGCAUAGAUACAGUGGGGAAAUAUCUGGUAUCAAAGCUUCCGUUUCUAGGAGCAUCAAAAUUAAAACAUAAUGUUAAUUU